UUGAGGAUGACUUCAUUGGUCUCGGUGAGCUGCCAGAAACGUUCCCCUCAGACCCCCCAGAGCCGCUGCCCGUGUUUUUAAUGGAACCAGAGGAGGCCUACAUAGUCAAGAACAAGCCUGUUAACCUGUACUGCAAGGCCACACCUGCCACCCAAAUCUACUUCAAGUGCAACAGCGAGUGGGUUCACCAGAAGGAGCACACUGUGGAGGAGAGGGUUGACGAGAACUCUGGUUUGGUCGUGAGGGAGGCUAGCAUAGAGAUCACUCGGCAGCAAGUGGAGGAAUUGUUUGGGCCAGAGGACUUCUGGUGUCAGUGUGUGGCCUGGAGCUCCGCUGGGACCACCAAGAGCCGCAAAGCUCAUGUCCGCAUCGCCUACUUGAGAAAGACAUUUGACCAGGAACCUCUUGGAAAAGAAGUGUCACUUGAACAGGAAGUGUUACUUCAAUGUCGCCCACCCGAAGGCAUCCCAGCUGCUGAGGUGGAGUGGCUUAAGAACGAGGAGGUUAUCGACCCUGCAGACGACAGAAACUUCUACAUCACCAUCGACCACAACCUCAUUAUUAAACAGGCUCGCCUCUCUGACACGGCCAACUACACCUGUGUGGCAAAGAACAUUGUGGCGAAAAGACGCAGCACAACUGCCACAGUUAUUGUCUAUGUGAAUGGUGGAUGGUCGACAUGGACAGAGUGGUCAGUGUGUAACAGCCGCUGCGGGCGUGGUUACCAGAAACGCACACGCAGCUGUACUAACCCAGCGCCACUCAAUGGCGGUGCCAUCUGUGAAGGGCAAGGCAUCCAGAAGCUACCGUGUAAUCCUCUCUGCCCAGUGGCCCCGUCUACUGAUGAUGUAGCUCUUUAUGUGGGUAUUGUGAUAGCAGUGAUCAUGUGCCUGGUUAUCUCCGUCGUUGUGGCACUCUUCAUCUACAGGAAGAACCACCGGGACUUCAGCUCUGACAUCAUUGAUUCCUCUGCCCUCAACGGAGGGUUCCAGCCGGUCAGCAUUAAGACCGCUCGCAAAGCUGAUCUCCUAUCAGCACCCCCUGACCUGACCUCAGCAGCUGCCAUGUACCGCGGCCCAGUUUACGCUCUCCAUGACGUGGGUGACAAAAUACCCAUGACCAAUUCUCCUCUGCUUGACCCGCUCCCUAACUUGAAGAUUAAGGUGUACAAUUCUUCAGGCUUAGUGACUCCACAGGAUGACCUAGGAGGAGAAUUUUCCUCUAAACUGUCACCUAAGCUGCCGCACUGCCUACUGGACAAUGGUGACAACACAAUGGGCCGGCGCACACAGACCCAGACGUUGCUCCGCACCAGGGAUCCAUCAUGCACUGCUCUGGGCUCGUUCAGCUCCCAGGGAGGACAGCUUAUUGUGCCCAACUCAGGGGUUAGUCUGCUAAUUCCUGCAGGGGCUAUUCCUCAGGGCAGAGUGUAUGAGAUGUAUGUGACAGUUCACAGGAAGGACAACAUGAGGCCCUCGGUGGAAGAUGGCCAAACGGUGCUCAGCCCCAUGGUGAGCUGCGGACCCCCGGGGACCCUGUUGACUCGUCCGGUCAUCAUCACCAUGCAUCACUGCGCCGUGUGCGAUGGCCAGCAGGACUGGCUGAUCCAGCUCAAAAGCCAGUCGCCGCAGAAUCAGUGGGAGGAUAUAGUGGUAGUAGGAGAAGAGAAUUUCACUACACCUUGCUAUAUCCAAAUGGAUGACGAGGCUUGCCACAUCCUGACAGAGACGCUGGGCACCUACUGCCUCGUGGGUCAAUCUCUCAGCGCUGCCACCACUAAGCGCCUCAAACUAGCCAUCUUUGGCCCCGUCACCUGCCCAGCCAUGGAGUAUCACAUCAGAGUCUACUGCCUGGACGACACACAGGACGCACUCAAGGAAGUCCUUCAAAUGGAGAAGCAGAUGGGUGGGAAACUGUUGGAUGAACCAAAGACUCUCAUCUUUAAGGACAGCACCCACAACCUGAGGCUUUCCAUCCAUGAUGUUCCCCACACAUUAUGGAAGAGCAAACUGCUAGCCAAGUACCAGGAGCUUUCCUUUCAGCAGGUGUGGAGCGGCUCACAAAGGAACCUCCACUGCUGCUUUACCCUGGAGCGCUUCUCAUCCAGCACGGUGGACCUGACCUGCAAAAUAUGUGUGCGCCAAGUGGAAGGAGAAGGACAGAUUUUUCAGCUGGACACUACACUGUCGGAGGAUUCCCAGAGUAUUGACACAUCCCUGCUGGAUCCUGCCAGCAACAUCACGACACUGGUAGGGCCAAAUGCCUUUCGCAUCCCUGUUUCUAUCCGUCAGAAGCUGUGCGGCAGCCUGGACGCACCGCAGACCAGAGGCAAUGACUGGAGGAUGUUGGCCCACAAACUCAAUCUUGACAGGUAUCUUAACUACUUUGCCACCAAAUCCAGCCCCACUGGAGUGAUCCUGGACUUGUGGGAGGCCCAGCAUUUUCCUGACGGCAACCUCAGUCGCCUUGCCCAAGUACUGGAGGAGAUGGGACGCCAUGACAGCCUUGUUCCUGCGGUGACUGAACACUGACAUCUGCCUGCCAGGGACAAGUGACAUUCCAGGGAGGAAGAAGACACAAAGUGAAUAUGAAAAGAGGGUGGACCCCCUCAAACACACCCCACACACACCCCAAAAAACAACAACAAAAAAAAAAGCAGGAAAAGUCAUUCUCGAUGACAAAUGCACGCACACACACUCACAGAAGCUGCCUGUGUGUACACUCAAAGAAGUAAGGAGAUAGUCACAGCCAGGUCUACCCUGCCAUGACCCAGUUAAAUAUUGGCAACAAAGGUUGUGAAAACUUGGAGAGUAAACAAGAAUCUCUGCCAGUCAUUUUCAGGCUGUUUCUCUCCUCUUUCUUUCGCUCUCUCUCUCUCUCUCUCCCUCUCUUGUAAGAAUGAUUUGAUAUUUUUGGCUAUGGUUUCCUUGGAAACAUGUUUCCAGUUUAUUCGGAUGGACUGUGCAGAUGUGGAUGAUGCCCUCACAACAGUGACACGCGCUAAAGAGGUCAAUGGAUCAAAGGAGGAAGAUUGGCGAAAGAACGUCUCAUUCUCCAAAAAUCAGUCUCCAUGGCAACUCCAUGGAAAAGUAUGUGUUCUGUGACAACAUAGUAUUUAAUGAUAUGCCUAUUUAUACAUGUCUUUUUUGUAUCUUAUGCUGUCUGUUACUGAACCGUAUUUCGUUUCUUCUUUCAUUGCGUUUGACUGUAUUACAGCACCACCUGGUGGACACCUGGCGCUGUAACUAUUCUUUCUGUCGGCCACAUUUAUAACACAGAGGGAACUCAACGAUCAUAAUCAUUACACCGUUUUUUAAGUGUCGUUAUAACUGCUAUUAAUACUUUUAGUCAUGUUAUGUAUAAUUAUUGCUUUUCUAUUAUGGGUGAUAUUUUUGAGUUGCAUUGGUGAUUAUUUUGCUUUUUCUUUUCUUUUGUUUUUAGCAGGAUCAUUUGGCUAACUACAUAUCUCUACAUAUCGUAUAUCCUGUUAACAAAAGGAUAUGGGAAAUUAGCCAGACUGAAAAAAAAGUCAUGAGUGAUGCAAAUUUGUGUGACGUUCAUGAUGAUGUCACGUUCACAUAAGAUACCAGGCAGAGCGAAGAGGGAGAUGGUGCAGAAAGGGAAAUCAAACCAGUAUAUUUUUGUAGGACCAGUCCAACUGAAAACAACUGCUUUUUACCAAAUAUCUGACAUGUAAGGUUUAAUACAGAGGGUGAUCAUCUAAAUAUUGUCUCAAUCAACCGAAGUUCAUGCGUACUUUUGGAGGAUAAGAGAUUUUAACUCAGACAACGAUGUUUGUACAUUCACUACAGAAGCCAUCAAUAUCACGAUGACACUGAUUCUGUGCAUAAAAAUGAUCUGUAAAUGUGACAUUCCUUUGAUGGAGCAGCAGUUGUGCCCAUACAAGUGUUCUUGGUUGGUUUUGUUUUUUUGAAUGGCAGUUGUCCCAGUUUUCUUGAAGCCGUCUAUGCAAACUUUGCAUCCCUUUGAAACAAUCUCUACAUUCUCAGUGGGCUAGCCUUUGCAUUCCCUAGUUGUUCUUCAGCUUCAUGAUUAAUAUUGUGUAUAGUGAGAAUGUAGCCUGUCUGUUUCUUGCACUCAUGAUGUUCCUCGCAACGGCUUGCAUUUCAUCUGUCAAGUUAUUGUACAAACUGUAAGAAAGAAUUUUUAAGACUAAUAAUAAAUUAUAUUUAUAU